AUGGAAACUCAUAAUGAAAUCUUGAUUGGGAGAGAUAUUUUGAAAGACAAGCGCAAUGGUGAUGAUUUAAUUAUAAUAGAGGAAUUGGCUGAGAAGAAUAAUAAAGAGGAGUUAAUUUGGCCGUCAUGGGUGGCUAACAAAAUAAUUAUUAAUAAUGGGAAGAAUAAAAGGAGACAAGUAGAUAAUAAAGGAAGGGAUAAGAAAGCUAAUAAGCUGGAGAUACGUGGCAGAACAGGAAUAACAGGGGAAAACAUUGAAUCAAUGAGGCGUGCUAUUGAAGGGAUGUAUGAGAAGGAUAAAUACAUGCCUUUUCUUGAAAAAGAACAUGUCAACGUGAAACAUACAAAGGGGACAUAUAGUUUUAAUCUUGAAACACACUUCAAUCAUCACAACAAUAAUCAAGAAGAAGAUGAAUUUGAUCAUCACAAAGAUAAGAAUGCUUUCAUAUUUCAACAAGACCAAGACCCCCAUAUGAUAACAUGA